AUGGCCAUCACCAACAAGAAACAAACCCUAAUUCACAAGAUCUUCCACCAUGAACCCAAGUCUGCCUCAAUUAGCCCCCCUACCUCUCCCAUCUUCAUCAAUAGCCCUAACCCAGAGCAGGACCCUUACCUUUCGAACCCUGUCACCCCCUCGCUAGAAAAGAAAACCAUCUUCAACUUUGCAAACGUCCUCGGACGUGCCUCCUCCUUCACAGGACUCAACAGUAGCAGCGAUCGUCAUAGCGAGAGUAAAAAACCCGAGUGUACCUUGUUGAAAAAGUAUGGCGUUUGUGAGAAGGGUAGCAUUGGACAGGGCGCUACCGCCGUUGUUCGAUUGGCACAUAAGCUCUCGGCUGAAUCCGAAUCUGGUGAGAAGCUCUUUGCUGUCAAGGAGUUCAGGAAACGAAGAAAGGACGAGACUGAGAAGGAAUAUGUAAAGAAGUUGACAAGCGAGUUCUGUAUCUCUUCCACCCUUCAUCAUGAGAACAUUGUCGAGACCGUCGAUCUGGUACAAGAUGAACAUCAACACUGGUGCGAGGUCAUGGAAUAUUGCUCUGGAGGAGAUCUAUACAACAUUAUUAAGCAAGGCCACAUGUCAAGGGUUGAGAUCAACUGCUGCUUCAAGCAGCUCAUCCACGGUGUAGCCUACUUACACUCCAUGGGUGUGGCCCAUCGUGAUAUCAAGCCCGAAAAUCUUCUUCUCGACGAUCAAUCUCGCCUCAAAAUCACAGACUUCGGAGUCUCGGAUGUCUUCCGUAUGUGCUGGGAGAAAACCACUCAUUUAUCCAAGGGUCUCUGCGGGUCGGAGCCCUACAUUGCCCCAGAAGAGUUCACCCAAAAGGAGUACGAUGCGCGCCGAGUCGAUGUCUGGGCCUGUGGUAUCGUUUAUUACUGCAUGGUCUAUCAAGGCAUUCCUUUCCGUGCCGCAACAAAACAAGAUCCCAACUACCAACACUUUCUGGAAAUGAGAGCUGUGAACGCCUAUGAGCCAUUCGAGAAGCUAUCCCUUGGAACCAGAAAUCUGCUAAAGAAUAUCUUGGAUCCCAAUCCAGAGACUCGUAUUACUAUCGAGGGGAUAUUGGAGGAUGAAUGGUUCAAGAGCAUUGAAACAUGCAUCCAUGGCGAAAAUCAGGACCCCCAUCGUCACUUUGAGCCCAGCCUUUAA